CAGGGGCUGUGACGCCGUCUGUUGUGUUGGGGACCAUCGAUUGUGACUUUUGGCGAGUCAGCUGUGCUCGUUUCACGCGGUGACGGAGCUCAUUCGCCGCUUGUUGGACGACGUUAACUUCAUUUCAUUUAUUUCGGUCAAGUUUCUCGUCGUAUUGCCUCGGGCCAGUGGAAGUGGCACGUCAACGGCAGCUGCACCAGCAGCGCGAGGCUCCCCGCGUUCCCGUCUGUGGUUGUUGAUCGAAGUCAAGCUAACUUCGUGCUGGUUGCCAAGAGAUGGAGAUGACGACGACGCCGACGACGCGGCUUCGCUAGGAGUUUACAAACUCCCGAACUUUGUGUUCCCCCGGCGAACAUGCGAGCAGAGGCCGGCGCGUUGUCAGCACGGCACAGUGACCGAGGAGGCGAACGCGCCCGCCGCUGCCCCGGCUUCAAAGGGAUGAAAGGAGCUCGUGUCGCCAACGCGGAGGGCGACCUGAGGCCACCGGGCCACUCGCCCGCGUCUUAGUGGGAACACGAGCGACACUCGCCGGGGCACAAGAUGGAGACGGUGGGCAAAUUCGAGUUCAGUCGCAAGGACCUGAUCGGACACGGCGCGUUCGCCGUCGUCUUCAAGGGGAGACACCGAGAGAAACACGACUGGGAGGUGGCGGUAAAAUGCAUUAACAAGAAGAACCUGGCCAAAUCCCAGACACUGUUGGGGAAAGAGAUUAAAAUACUCAAGGAGCUGAAACAUGAAAACAUUGUCGCAUUACUGGACUUUCAGGAAACUGCAAGCUCAGUGUACCUGGUAAUGGAGUACUGCAAUGGGGGUGACCUUGCUGACUACUUGCACUCCAAAGGCACGCUGAGCGAGGACACCAUUCGGGUUUUCCUGCAGCAAAUUGCAGGGGCCAUGAGGGUCCUGCAGGCCAAAGGCAUAAUCCACAGGGACCUGAAACCCCAGAACAUUCUGCUCUCCUACCCGCAGGGACGCAAGUCGCACUCCAACAACACCUGCAUCAAGAUCGCGGACUUUGGCUUCGCCAGGUACCUUCAGAAUAACAUGAUGGCGGCGACGCUCUGCGGGUCCCCCAUGUACAUGGCUCCUGAGGUCAUAAUGUCCCAGAACUAUGAUGCCAAGGCCGACUUGUGGAGUAUAGGGACCAUUUUGUUUCAGUGCCUGACAGGAAAGGCUCCUUUUCAGGCCAGCAGUCCCCAGGACCUCCGGCUGUUCUAUGAAAAAAACAAGAAUCUCAGCCCCAACAUCCCCAGAGAGACGUCAAGUCACCUGAGACAUCUGCUGCUGGGUCUGCUGCAGCGCAACCACAAGGACCGCAUGGACUUUGAUGAGUUUUUCUGUCAUCCUUUCCUGGAGGCGAGCUCAUCAAUGAAAAAGACAACUCCUCCUGUGACCAUGACCUGCUUCCCAAGCUCCGCGUCAGCCAGCUCCUGUAGCAGCUCCUCCACCUCUCAUCUCGCAUCACCACCGCAGUCUCUCGCUGAGGUUCAGCAUUUGCGUGCCAAAGCUCUGGCCUCCCCGACCCAGGAGGCUGCCGGUUUUCUCCUCAAGGACUCGUCCGGAGGGGGCGGCAGCAGCAAGAACUCCUCCUCCUGUGACACCGACGACUUUGUCAUGGUGCCUCCUCACUUCACCACAGGUGAGCUGACAUGUGAGAGUAAAGUGCUGCAGGACAGCCUGAUGAACAGCGGCUCUCUUCUGGCUUCUGCUGGUCUCUGCAGUCAAGUCAAAACACCACCACACUCACCUUCCUACAGCGGCUCCCCCAGUCCUGUCAGGCCCAGUGAGUUGCCGGGAAGUAACUAUGGCGGUAACCAUGGAAACCGCAGUCAGUCAUCGCCCAUCCCGGUCCCCACUCAGGUCCAGAACUACCAGCGCUUGGAGCAGAACCUCCAUUCUAGCAAGCAGGAUGGCUCACCACGGCUCUCGACACCGGUGCAUCGUUGCUACAGUGGAAGCUCGUUGGCCUUCGCUCGGACCGGACCUUCACCACCCUACGGGCAGGCAGCGGUGACCACCACCACUCGCACGAUCUCGCUGGGAGGCGGCAGAGCUUUCCAGCUCUCACCUCAAGCUCCUCAUCACAUCGAGCCCCGACCGACUUCUCAGCAACACCCACAGACGACAGGACUCGGCACACGGCUCCACAGCGCCCCCUGUCUGUUGGAGUGCGUCAGUGGUGGCGGCAGGCAGAAGAUCAGGAAGCAGCAUUCGGACCCGGUGGUUGCCCCGUCGUCGGGCCUGAUGGCCGUCCGUACCUUACACUCUUCCCCCAGACUGAGUGAGCUGAUGCAGCGCAGCCCCCUUCCCACCAUCCUGGGCUCCCCCUCCAGGACCAUCCCGCCGUUUGAUUUCCCCAAGCCCCCCAGCUCUCCGAACCUCGUGACCUUCCUCGCGCAGCAGGGCUUGGUCAUCGGCUCUCCUUGCAGCAGGACUGCCCCGACAGAUCCCAGAGAGCCCAGACAACAGGCGCCCACGCAGGCCGCCCAGCCUGCACACUGCAUCUACAGACUGAAUGAUGAUCCCAAGAGCUUUGGAAGGUCUCAGAGCGCCGGCCGUCUGUCUGACAUGCUGCUGAUGGCUGCGUUUGGACCAGGUGGACCUGCGGGUGAACGAGGCAGCACAGAGAACCUGACCUCUGAAAAAGCCAUAGAAAUAACAGUGCCCCCCAGUGGUGGGGUAGGCCUCGCACCUGGAUCCAGCAGCCCGGCACAGGUGAUCUUCACCGUGGGCUCUCCUCCCAGCGGCAGCACCCCACCUCAAACCUCCAGACAGAGGAAAUACUCAGGCUCGUUUAUAUCGGUCAGCCCCGCGGGCUCCCUCACAAGCCGUUACCCCCAGACAGGCGCCUAUCUGGACGGCUUUGAAGCUCCUUCUAGUCCCCGGUACAGUUUCACUGAUCCUAUCACAGCCAACAUGGGAGGAGGCCCCGUGACCUUUGAGGCUCCAGAGCUGCCUGAGGAGACACUGAUGGAGCAGGAGCACACGGACACUGUGCAGAGCCUGCGGUUCACGUUGGACUUUGCCCGUUGUCUGAUGGAGGUGGCCGGAGCCCGCGGUGCCGCGGUGGUCGGGGAGCUGGGGGACGUUGCUCAUCCCUCCCUCUUUCAGCAGCAGAGCCUGGUAGCAGAUCAGAUAAGCUCACUGAGCCGAGAGUGGAGCCAUGCAGAACAGCUUGUUCUCUACCUGAAGACUGCAGAACUCCUGUCCACUGCCUUACACACAGCCAAGGAGCAAGUGAAACAGGGCAAACUCUACCCGUCUGCUACCGUCAAACAAGUAGUGAAGAGGCUGAACGAGCUGUACAAGUCUAGCGUGGCAUCCUGUCGCACUCUCAGCACACGUCUGGAGCGCUUCUUUGACAGGAAGCACCGUCUAAUGGACCAAAUCACCUCCAUCACCGCAGAGCGGCUGCUGUUUAGCCACACAGUGCAGAUGGUUCAGGCUGCUGCGCUGGACGAGAUGUUCCACCAGGGGGAAGCAUCAGUGCUGCGCUACCACAAAGCUCUGCUGCUGAUGGAGGGCUUGUCUCUGCUGCUCACUGAACAGGACGACAUCCUCAGUGUUAGCAAAUGUAAGGAGUGCAUCGAACGCCGCCUCACAGCUUUGCAGUCGGGACUCUGUGUUUGAGAGUCGGACACGGCCUCUCUCAGAGUGUGGUCACGAUGGCGACAAACCCAAUUAACGGCCCCACAUCACAAGGUUUCUCAGCGAGAAAUGCUUCGGUUUCCACAAGAAAACCAAACACACGAUUUCACUCUUCCCCAAACCUCCAGAGUUUGUGCUCUUUGAAUGGCUUGACAUUCAUGUUCGAGUUUUGGACGGCGGCAGUGACUUCUCCCCUAACACUAAACUUGGGCCAUGAAGCGUUUGAGCUGUGAACGAAUGUCUGCAGUCGUGUCUAUGUGAAAGGACUUUGCUCCUGGUACUGACAUUUUUUGUUGUUGUUGCAAGAAGUAGUUCCCUUGACGAGGUGUAAGACACGCAGGAGCGAUCAUUGCCAAGUAGUCAAGUAUAUAGAUAUAAACACAUAAUAUUUUAAGAAGGUCAAAUAGACUUGCUUCAAAAUCUGCUACAAUCAAAUUUGUUAUGUUUUUCCCAAAAUCAGUAGCUGGAGGGAAAGAACAGUUUUCUGCUGUACACCUACAACAUGGACGUUUGCUGAUGAAAUCCAGGAUUGGCCAGGAAUCGUGCUAAUCACAUGCCUCUGUCCUCGACCAUUUGUUUGAUUUGUUGGGUUUGUGCUUUCUUGCUUUUAUGUUAUUGUUACUCGCUUGCUGAAGGGAUGUAUUUUACGGCAAUAUUACAGUUUGUGGCCGGAAAAUGCAUACAGGCACUAUUAUACCAGACUGGCCAAAAUGUAGUUUUUGCGUUCUGUUAUAUUUUAGACUGACUAUGGGUAUUUUUGUUGGUUUGAAAGAAAAAAAAAAUCCUUGUUUUUGACACUUUAUUGAUUCUAUACUAGCUCAAAGUCAAAAGACCAAGUCCCCUCGAUGAAAGAAUGACUUUGUACGUAUUUUAUUUUUUAAAUAGUGGCAGGGGGAACACUCUGCCACACUGCUACAUGUACGACAUUAGCUUUUAAUUCAACUGGGACUGAAACUGAUCACAGUCACGUUGGAGAUGCUGCAAUAACCUGAGGUGUAUUCAUCAGGUAUACAGGAGCUUAGGUGUUGCUGUCGGUGGUAAUCUCCAUAUUCUGUCUUUUUAUGUUUUUUGUUUUUUUAAUGGAGUUUAACCAGUAUAAUCAAAUUUGAAUGUAGCACUGACAGGAGAGAGACACCAUAAAUAUAAUCUUAGACUGAUCCCGGGACAAAAGGUCCGAAUGUUUUUGCACUGUUAAAGUACUGUAUAGAACGAUUCUCGAGUGGAACAUUGCUAAAUGCUUUCUGGAGAUACCCUGGACAGAUUUUUCUCAUUUAAAGAUUUCUACUUCCAUUCUUUAGUGCCGUUUUUAGUUUGGUGUUAGAGUUACUGUCCGAAGGUUGUGUGUGUUAGAUGUGCGAAUGUUGACAAAGAGAUGGUAUAAGCUAUGAAACCUUACAUUUAUUUAAGGGGGAAAGAAGGAAAGGAGAAUUUGCUUUACACUGAAAGAAAAAAGAUUUGCAUCAAGUGUGUUGUUUUAUUUCAGAGUAGACUGUGGGUGAUGAUUGUGUUUGAUUUAAAAAAAAAAGUGAUGUGUUGAUUUGGAGUGCUAGUUGAAAAUGUUUAUUUUUUACCUGACAUAUUUGAGCAUUGUUGAUCUUGACCUUCGCCAUACAUCCCGGCAGGACCGUUAAUCCUCCUCAAGUGUGGCCCAAUGGGAAAGGACAACUUAUACUUUUUGUUGCUUUCAAAGAGAUGUGUGUGCGCAUAGAAGAUAACUCAGCAGAAGAGAGAACGGUGGAAAGGUUUUUCUUUGUGAAGAUUUCUUUGAAUAUACAUGACAUGUAUUUGAUUUGUGGCCUUUUGUCAGAGAACUUUUUGUUUGAAGUUGUCUUUGACAGUGCUCUACAUUCUGUGUGUGUUUAGAGAUUGUUUUUUUUGAGCGAACAUUCCUUAUAUCAGUCUCCACACAUACUGCUCUGUUCAGUCAGCGUACUAUAGAGUGACAAUGUCCCAAAAGAUGUCGGCAGCAGAAAGAUAAUUUGUGAAGGAGUUCGAAAGAGUACGGUGAAGUGUCCUUGAGCAUCUAGGGUUGCUGUUCGAAGUAUCGUGUGAAAGCAAACCAUGGCAUGUUAACCAUGAAGAUUAGUCUUUGGUAUGUGCACUCCCACAGUCGAUCUAUAAUUUCAUUUGGUUUAAUCGCUCUGUAUGUUUGCUAGAGAACGUACCUGAAUGUUUGCAAUUUAGUUUUUUUCACUUAUUCUGUAUUACCUGUAAAUAUUGUAAAUUAAGUUAUUGUUGUUAUUGUAUCUAUGACGCUGCAGGCAUAGAGAGAGAGAGAAUCAGAGCAGAACCAUGGCACACAUGCACAUUUUCCAAAGAGUACGCCUCCUGCUGAUCUUCCAUCUUGUCACUUUCCUUCACAAAAGCAUUUUGAUGCUGUCAUAUCCCUGACAGACACUAUCGCAGCAUCUCUGUGUGUGGUGUAACCUUUACUGUCUGAGAGUUGCAACAUGAAUAAAGUGAAAGGAAAAGUC